UCGGCUUGGUGGGGCAGAACAGAGAUUGGGGCAGCACGAUACGGCAUCGACCAAGCGCUCUGCCGAACUGGUAUCGUGCUCGUAUCCGCCGCACCAUGCAGCACAAGCGAUGGAAACAAGGCGACGGGGACGCCUGCGUUCCCAGGAAAGGGACCAGUGACGAUCACCCACCAACCGAUGUUUCUCGGUGGCUCUCGGCCUUCGGGGGAGAGUCCGUUCACGCGAUCCGGGGGGGGGAUCCCGUCUUUGCCCGCGGGGGAUUCGGGGAGGUUUCGAUCGCUACGUGGUGCCGCGGGAGCAAAGACGGCGGCCSCGAUUUUGYGGACGAGGCCAACGACAACAACAACAACGCAAACAACAACGCAAAGGCWACAAAAACGGCCCUCGCGCCGAGGCAUUCGUUUGUCGCCGUGAAAACGAUCCACAACGCGAUCGAAGUUGGUGGYGGCGCYGGAGCCGGCGGUCCGGCCCGUCCAUCGCCGGGAGAGAAGCUGCACGCGCUUUYCGACGAGGUCCGCAACGAGGUGCGGGCCCUGCGGCUCCURGAGGGCCACCCGAACAUCGUGCCCCUGGUGGCCGUCUUUCCCGGAGGGACCUCCGGCAGCCUGUCGCUCGCSUUCUCGUACGCCCCCAUCGAUCUGCGCGAGGUGCUGGAGGAAAGRCGGCGGGCCUUUCGGCAGCCGCUCGCCUUUCGGUUCCUAAGGGCCGUCCUCCGGGACGUCUUUUCGGCACUCGUGCACUGCCACGCCAGAAGGGUCCUGCACGGAGACGUGAAACCCGGAAACCUGCUGGUGGCGCCCGACGGAACCGUCCAGCUCUGCGAUUUCGGGCUGGCGAAGCCCUUUGGUCCCCCCGGCGACGGGAGGGGGGCAAUCCCCGCGGCGGUCGAGGGGGAGCGGCAGCAGCAGCAGCAGCAGCAGCAGUACCCCACAGCGACAAACAACGACAGGGGGCUGUGCACGCUGCACUACCGGCCGCCCGAGGUGCUCCUGGGGGGUUCCGCGGGAGAUCCCUCGGUGGAYCUGUGGAGCGCGGGGGUGGUUCUGGCCGAGCUGGUCGCGGGACGACCGCUCUGGCAAGGGCGAAACGUCAUCGACCAGUUGUCCGCCGUCUUUGGGUCGCUCGGGACGCCCGACGAAACUACGUGGCGGUCCGUGACAAAGCUCCCGGACUACGGGAAACUCGGCUUUGGCACGAGGCCACCGAAACCCUUGGAUCGCGUCCUGCCGAGGGCCGCGGAAUCGCAAGAGCUGGUCGACCUCGCAUCGAAUCUGCUGGUGCUGAAUCCGGAACGACGGYUCACGGCGAGCGAGGCGCUGCACCACGGUUGGUGCGGGGGRARCACCGCGGGCGGGCCUUCCCCUGUCGUCGCGACCCGCAGAGAGGUCCGCGACGAGCUGAUCGUGCCGAGGGAGAUGCAGGUGCCCCCGCUGCUCUUUCCGGGAGACCGUGUGCUGGUCGGAAAACUAGGCCUGGGGAUUGCCGCAUCGAGAAGGUCCGUGAACUCGAAACGAUCGCACGGCUGCUGGCAAGGCCCGGUCCUGCCUCCCCCGGUUAUAUCGGAAUAGCUGCCGGGUACGAUGGCAUUGGCAUUGGCAUUGGCAUCGUCCCAAGCAAGCCUUCGGCGUUCCCAUACGAACCGCAAAAUACUCAGUAGAUCGAAAUUAAAAAUCCAAACCUUAG